GCCGCUUUCACUGAAUUUCAUAUAUCCUAUCUUCACACUAAGAACGAAUUUCUCUUAUUUUUGUGUCACAUAAAUGGCAAAUUAUGGAACUACACAAAGAGUAGCAACCUCUUCCUCAAACUCUUCAUCAAAGCCUGAAAACUAUGAACCAAAAGUUCCAAAUGAAAAUCACUUCAAGAUUUUCUGCCCUUUUAGCAUUCCUUUAACAUCAGAAUCUGCAGCAGUUCGAAUCAUAAGAAACUUUGGCAUCUAUGGUCUAUACUACACCCACUUUGUGUGGAUCAUACUAUUCAUAACUCUCAUACCUGCCAGAAAAGUGUCACUGAUUCUUCUUGUUAUCAUGACAUAUGUGACAUCUCUUUUUCUUUUGAUUCUAAGAACAUGGCCAAAUUCUUUUCUGCUUCACAAGAUCAUAAACAAGUGGUUUGUGUUGGCUGUGAUCGCGGUUGCGACGGCGGUGCAGCUGGUUUUAACCGACGCUGGGAUUCAUCUGGCAGUGACUUUAGCUUGUAGUAUGCCUCUUGUUUUGGUUCAUGCAGUUUUGUGGGUUGGUUUUUAUGGUUCUGAGGUUGUGAAUUAUGAUGCUGGUUCUGCUUCUGCUUCAAGAGAAGGUGCUCCUCUUUUUGUAGUUAAUGAGAGUGGAGAUAAGGUUUCAAAUGAUGCUGUUUGACUUUUCUGUUUUUAUGAGUCUUGCUCAAGAAAUGAGUUUGUUGAAUUAAUGUGGUAAUAAAACUGUCAAAUUUUUUUUUUCUAUGAAUAAGUUGGUAUUUUGAGAUUUUAAUAACAGUUUUUGUUUUAAGUGUAA